AUGGCUUCAUUCCAAUUCUUAGACUCCCGCGAUGAAGACGAGCUUCACAAGUCCCGUCUUUUAAACGUCGAAGAGAAGCCCUUCAAGCGCGUCACCAAACGUCUCCUUGCACCAGGCUCGCUCCUUGUCACGCCCAACAAACUCCUCACUCCACCACCCGAGAAUGCCUCAGAAGACGCCGAGUCUCCCGAUGCCGCGCUACAGAAGCAGCUCGAUGACCGUCGCCAAUUCGGAGAGGAUGUGGAGUUCGACUUCGCCGCGUUCGACUACAGUAUCUCCCGGAUCCAGUUUCUGCUGAACAGCAACGAGCGCGAACGCGCACGAUAUCAGGCCGACAAACAGCGAAUCUUGGAGACUGCACAAGCUGUUAGGGACAGCACGGCGCAAUUGCGAUUGCAGCUUGAGGAGUCAAAGAAGACGUUGGAACAGCGCAAGAAAUUCGAUAAAUUGGCUGAGAAGAUCACGAAUAAUCAGCUAUUGAAGCCGAGGGAUGUACAAGAGGGUAAUCUGGCUAAAUUGGAGGAGGAAUGUAAGGGCUUGGAGCGGGAGAGCCAUGCGUAUAGUGUUACGUGGAAGGAGAGAAGAGAGCAAUUUGGUCGCAUUGUGGAGGAGGGUAUGCAGUUGAGACGGUUGAUCAGGGAUGAGAAAGAGGAAGUUGAGCGCAGGGAGGGUAUGGAUGGUGGCGAGGAAGAUGGAGAAGCUGGUGAGGGCUCUAGGGGAGGCCAGACGCCGAAGCAUAGCAGUCAAAGUGGAAAUGCCACGCCCAGACCAGAUGGGCUGACACAAGGAUUGGAGUCAGGUCUCAAACCCAGACCACUCCCCUCAGGAUCUAUAUCGAGAUCAGGAAGUAGAAGCAAUAGCCGGGCUGCUUCACCUGCUGGAUCUGAACGUCGGAGAGAAGCUGAUGAGAAUGAGGAUUUAGCUAUGGGUGACGCUGGAACAAAGAUCGAAGAGAGCGACGCCGUUGCUGAUACGCCCAUGGCGGAGGCUACAGAGUCGCAAAUGGAGGUCGAGACACCACGGGUCGUUAUCGAAGAGCCCGUUGACGAGCCGGAGGAAGGUGCCGAAGAGGGAGAGGCGGAAGACAAGAUGGAUACUACCUAG